GCCUGGCCAGGAUUCUCAGGAAAAUGACAUCCUCCAUCUCAUGGGGGCUCCUGCUUCUGGCAGGCCUGUGUUGCCUGGUCCCCAGCUUCCUGGCUGAGGAUGCAGAGAAGACAGACAGCUCCCACCAGGAUCACAUCAUGGCUUCAAACCUGGCAGACUUUGCCUUCGGUCUCUACCGGGUGCUCUCCCAUCAGUCCAAUACUACCAACAUCUUCUUGUCUCCCUUGAGCAUUGCCACAGUCCUCGCUAUGCUCUCCCUGGGGAGCAAGGAUGACACUAAAGCCCAGCUUCUACAGGGCCUGCACUUCAACCUCACAGAAACAUCUGAAGCUGACAUCCACAAGGGCUUCCAGCAUCUCCUCAAAACCCUCAACAGGCCAGACAAUGAGCUGCAGCUGACCACAGGCAGCAGUCUGUUUGUCAACAACAGUCUGAAUCUAGUGGAGAAGUUUCUGGAAGAGGUCAAGAACCAUUACCACUCAGAAGCCUUCUUCGUCAACUUUGCAGACUCAGAAGAAGCCAAGAAAACGAUUAAUAGUUUCGUGGAGAAGGCAACCCAUGGAAAGAUAGUUGACUUGGUGAAAGACCUGGAAAUAGACACAGUUCUCGCCCUGGUGAAUUACAUUUUCUUUAGAGGCAAGUGGGAGAAGCCAUUCGAUCCGGAGCUGACUGAGGAAGCUGACUUCCACGUGGACAAGUCCACCACCGUGAAGGUGCCCAUGAUGAACCGCAUGGGUAUGUUUGAUGUGCAUUACUGCGACACUCUGUCCAGCUGGGUGCUACUGAUGGAUUACCUGGGCAACGCCACCGCCAUCUUCAUCCUGCCUGAUGAGGGCAAGAUGCAGCACCUGGAGCAAACGCUCACCAAGGAACACAUUUACAAGUUCCUGCAAAACAGGCACACAAGGUCAGCAAACGUGCACCUCCCCAAACUGUCCAUCUCUGGGACCUAUAACUUGAAGAAAGUCCUGAGUCCACUGGGCAUCACCCAGGUCUUCAGCAAUGGGGCCGACCUCUCUGGAAUCACAACUGAUGUUCCCCUGAAGCUCAGCAAGGUGAAGUUACCUAACCAUGGUGUUGUUCUGAUGUCCUAGGUGUCUGUAGGGCACCACAAGGUGUCAAGGUAGCUCCAGUACAAGGCUGGGGAAGAGGAAAGGGUUGCAGACAGGGUCCAGGCUGAGCCCUUUCUGAGGACUGUCGGGAUUCGCUUGAUGUGGUCAGAUGUCAGCUGGGAGUGUCUUCUUAUGCAGAUGGAAUUAUGAGGCCUUCCCUGAAAUGCUACCCCAAUCCUUUAGUCUCAUCAUUGUUGGACUCAGUUUAUAUAUAUCUACAUAGAGAUUUAGGCCUCUGGGGACCCCAGAGAGUGUCCUGGAAUCUACCAUCCCUUAUUUUCAGAGCUACUCGUGAACUGCCAGUUUUGAAUUAUGAGCUCAGCCAACCAGGCCAAUGGUUCAGAGAAACUAAAGGCAGUCCAGAAUGGGCAGGGUGUUCUUAAGAGUCUGGACAUUGAAGGUCAUCUUCGGAACCCUCAUCACAACAUGCUCACGGCUACAUACUGGGAAGGGGACACUUGUGCAGAGGACAUGAUGUUCCCCUCCUUGUUUAGCUAUGUGCUGCAUCCAAGACCAUGAGAGAUGGAAUCAGGAAGGGAUAAUGGAAAGGAUGGACCAAGGCAGGCAAAAACUGAGAGACAGUGAGGGCCCUUAGGUGAUCACCAUGGAAAGGGUGGAGGAGCAGGGAGACAUGGAGGGAGACCUGUUCCCUAGUGAAGUCCUCCCUGGAUGAGUCCCCAGCCAGCAGUGGCCAUCACACCACCUCCAACUGCUUUAUGCUUCUCUCUCCACAGGCUGUGCACAAGGCUGUGCUGACCCUCGAUGAGAGAGGGACGGAAGCUGCAGGAACCACUGUUUUAGAAGCUGUCCCCAUGUCUAUACCCCCUGACGUGUGCUUUAAGAACCCAUUUGUUGUCAUAAUAUGUGAUAAACACACUCAGAGCCCACUCUUUGUGGGAAAAGUGGUGAAUCCCACACAAUAAUCACCAUUUUCCGAAGCCAUCCUUCCUCCUUCCAGACUGGCUCCCCUUCCCCCAAGUGGCAUUAAACACAGGCUGGCCCAGCCCAUACCUGAGUGAUACUGCAAA